UCACUAGGGGGCGCUUGAGUGCUGUCGUGUCAAGUAUGGCUGCUCCCGCAGAAAGCAUGACUGAAGAGAGUCCUACUGAAGAUGUCCUUCCUGAGAAAACUUAUACAGUAGAAGUUUUACAAUUAGUAAAAGAAGCCCAGCAGCAACAUGGUAUGAGGCAUGGAGAUUUCCAGAGAUACAGGAGUUACUGCUCUAGAAGAAUCAGAAGAAUUAGAAAAUCUUUGCAUUUCCCUCAGGGAAGCAAACACAAAGUACAACCAAAGAAAAUCACAGUAGAGAAGCUAACUGAUGUGAGGUAUCUACAUUUACCUUUGUUCUGUGCUGAGAGGGCCUGGUAUUAUGCCAUGCAGCUGAAGUCUGAGGCAAACACAGAGCCCCGCAAAAAAUUCCACAUGUUAGCUCGGAUCAAGAAGGCUCUGAUGUAUGCUGAGGAAUUUGCUUCUCUCUGUAGUAGUCCAAAAUGUGAUGCUAGGACCAAGCUGGAAAGCCAGGCAUAUUUAUCACUGUUAAAAGGAGGGUUGUAUUUUGAACAAGAAGACUGGAAGGCAGCAAUGGAGUUCUACACAAAAGCAAAGACCAUUUAUGAGAAGCUGGGCAGUGCUUUUACAGAAGAUAUCCAGCAGUUAUAUCUACAACAGGUGGAGGAAAUAACCCCCAAUCUACGCUACUGUGCUUAUAAUAUAGGGGACCAGUCAGCUAUAGACGAGUUAAAGGAGCUCAGAAGGAAGGGUGGAGAGGACCAGCUGACAUCUCAUCUCGAUGAUCUUCUCUCUCAAACCAGAGAAAAACAGACAGCAACUCUGUCUGAGGUCAAGUGGCAGGGUCGUACAGUGCCGGUGAAGAAUGAACCAGUGAGAAUAUUUCUAUUGAAUCUACAGGACAGCACCAAAGAGAUCACAUCAGCUGAAGGUGUUGAUAGCAAAAUAUCUAUCUAUGAAAGUGUACUAAAGCAAUGUAUUGAUGCUCAACAGGUGUUACGGGACAGUCUGCAGGAUGAUCAGAAUUUUAAAUUGGCCAUAAGAGGACAAGAAAUAGAAGGCAAAAUAUCCAAUCAGCACUACCUACAUACCUACCUUACCUUUAUAAGACUGAGUAAAACAAUAGAACGUAACCUGCUACUGAUAGAGCAAUUAAAGGAUUACCUACCAGGCAAGAAAGUGGAGGAGGGGCACAAAAUCACAAAGCCUCAGGAUUUAGUACGACUAUAUGACAUCAUUAUACAGAAUUUGAAUGAGAUCCCUAACUUGACGGGGGUGGAGGGAGAUAGCAGUCUCUCAGAGGAAACAGCUGUCAGGGUGCAGGGGUACAAAGCAUUUAGGUCAUAUUACAUUGCCCAGUCCUAUCUAGGAGCCAAAAAGUGGAAGGAGGCAAUAUCUCUGUAUGAAAGAGUUCUACAGAAUGCAAAGAAUGCUUUGAAAGGUUACAAGUCACUACCAAAACCUCAACAAACUCAGUUCAAGAUGGAAGUAAGUAAUUUAGAAGAGUUGGUUCACAGUGUGGAUGGGGAGAAAUAUUCUUGUCAUGCCUCUAGUGUACUGGACAUCAAUGAUGUGACAGACCAGAUGGGGGCCAUGACAGUUAAUCCCAAACAGCCACUGAUGGAGCGCCUGGAGGACUAUGCAGAUGAUGCCUCACUGACCAGUAAGAAGCCUAACCUAGUGUCCUUCCCACCAGACUUUGAACCCAUUCCCUGUAGACCAUUAUUCUUUGAUUUAGCUCUGAACCAUAUAGACUUACCCUCUCUAGAUAAACACUUAGAACAGAAGGCUGCCGCCAACCCACGUGGUCUCACUGGAUUUGUCAAAGGAUGGCUCUGGGGAGGAUCCAAAUAGUUGUUUUUUGAGAAAUUUACAAUAUUUUUUACCCUUUAUAUUGUUAUGGGGAGGUAACUCUGUCAGCUGUGUUCAUUUGUACAGUAUGUAACUGUUAAUAAAUGCAUACAUUGUAGAUGAAGAGAUUGGAGAUGGUAUAGAGGGCAUAAAUGAAAUGUUAAUCUUGGCAUAGCCUUUUCUUUAUUCAGUAACAAUAUUUUAAAUAUACUUAUGAAAGAAAAUAGUCAAGUGAAAUGUGAAUGGCGUAGAAAUUGUAAAAUAAAGAAAGUUCUUACUACAGAAUGACAUUUACAUGUAAUUAAUUUUUUAUAAGUGCAAUUUCAUUCUCUAGAGCAAUAGUGUUGUUAAUGAUAAAUUUUUUAUAGCUUGAGAAAGUGCUUUGUACUUUACUUUAAUGGUCAUGUAUUAAUUCUGAUUUACCAUCUCAUAGAAACUGAAAAUAAUUGAUUUGUGGAAUAAAGAUACAUGUAAUUCAAACUACAAAUGUGUUUUGAAGAACUGGAGUUGAUUUCGUAUGAAAUGUAGGUUUAUGAUAUUUUAACACUGGCAGGUCAAACAAAGGCAUCCUUGUCACAAAGUGUUAUAAGGUAUUAGUUUUACCAUUGUCUGUCCUUCUGCAAUAUAAAAAGAUAUACAUGUAUAUGUAUAGCUUUGAAUGCUUAGAUCAUUGCAAUAUAUAUCGUAACCAACAUUCGGUUCGGUUUACAUAAAAUUAGUUUAUGAAGUGCCUCACACAAAAAUCUGACCAAGUAUAAACACUGAUAGCUCAAUUCACACAUAACACAAUAGUUAGUGUAACACUCGGUAAUAAAUCAUGAAGUAGUUCUAUUUACUUGCCAGUACUAGUACACUCCCAUUUGUCACUAUUAUCAUGUAGACUAAACAAUUCAAUAGUUUUGAGAACAUGGUGUAAACCAUUCACAUUCCCUCACACAUGUCCCUCUUGGUCUUUGAAGAAUAAAUGUACAAAGCUAA